AUGCCCCCAAAGCGCCCACCCCAAAGUAGUGGUGGGCCAUCAGUGCCCCUUGCCAAUUCUGGAAGUACGAGGGCGGUGCCGCGAAGAGCAGACCGAGCUGAGGGUUCAAGAGGUGCGAUUCGUAGCCAGAGUGUGCCGAGGAACUCUGAAAUUUUUGAUGUGAAGGAGUCCUUUGCGGCAGAUCCCAAACCACCAGGACGUGCCAAAGCAUCUGCACAACUGCGCUCAUCUGGUCAGGGAAUGGCAUAUGCUCGAGGUGCACAGGCGAUGAGGGAACAACAGGCCCUUAGACAAAAACUGCAGGUGGGUGCUCGAGAUCGGUCUUCUUUGGUUCUGGAACUGGUUGUGCGGGUAGCGUGUGCAGCUAUGCAACAUGCGGUGAGAGAAGUGUGUGCAGUGAGAACAUGUUCACGGCAGCUGUGUGAGACAUGUUCUGAAGAUGCUGUGUGGGAGCAGUUGUACCGGCUUCGAUGGACACCUUCAUCUUCUGUCGCCACCGGUUGGCGACAGGCGUACUUGGCACGCUUGCGGAGACUUCAAGCCUCAUUUUUGGCCCGUAACCUUCCGAAUUUCGUUCGCAAGCUUCGACGUCGAGAUGGUCUACCAGACUUGAGGAAGAUUCAUGAUGCACUGCGCAUGAGCUUCUCAUUGUCUUUGUCGCAUGGUCCCAGUGCUUCCUGCCAAACAAUUGACUUCACUGAGGCAAAUGUGGAUGCUUCCAUCCAGCUCUUUGAUACUGCUUUAUGCCUUCGAUGUACUUUCUCGACAUUGAACCUCAAGUGUCCUCUUCAUUAUCAACUCCGAGGUAGAUCAUUGGCCUGUGGGAAAGAUGAGGUCUUGUUGACAUCUAGCCUUCAAAGCCCAGAAGAUUGGAGCCAGAGCUCCAUCCAAGAAGACUGCAGAUUUCUGAGAAGUCCCUGCGGCCGGGUGUUUGCAGCCUUGUGGGGCGACGACUCUUUGGCUGGGAUAUAUGUGACAUUGCACUAUGCGCAAAGCUUAUGGCCCAUCAUUGGCGCCAGUGAAGCAUGGGCAUUGUUGGCCAGACCCCCUGAGCCAGAUGAUUUGGACUCUGCACUCGGUCUUCAUGACUACACUGUUCUGUUAACACUCCGAAGUGCUAAGCAAGAAUGCUUCUCCAACGGAUUCUACAAAGUCCACCUGUUUGGUCUUGGCUCAAUCACGUCUGGAUUUGGUGGGGUCCUUGUAGACGGCCGCUGCUGUGUUGAGCAAAGCCAAGCGGCGGCUGGAUAUGUGGAGGGCAAACCAUCUUCUCGUCAAAAGCGCCGAGACAAGUCGUACAAUGCAGAGGUUUCACACUUUGAAGCCUUGGCGCCCCACGACUCGGGGGUCCAACUUCCGUUUCCCUGUCUACGAGCCCCUCAAAUCACACUCCAAACGGCAGCCUUCAAGUCGGUGCUGCCAGAGGCUUAG